AUGCUUUCUAUCCGACGAGCGCGAGCAAUUCCCCAUUCUGAGGCCGAGCGCUUGGUCCGACGCCACACAAGAGGUCGCAAAGGCCCACAUCAGCAGGAUGGCUUUGUAUCUGGACCGCCGUCAGGUGCAAGCACUCCGACCGACGAGCACCACUUUGUCGAGAACAAUGUCCCACGACCCGAUCAGUUCCGCGGCGGCAUUCUCAGCUCGCUGUUGAAGUUGUAUGACAACCAGCACGACCGGGAAAGCUCGACGCAUAGUAGAUCGUCCAGCAUGGGUCGUCUGCUCCCCAAGUCUAGAAGUCGACAGAACAGCGACGCGUCCAAUAACACACCUCAACACUCACCUCCAGACUCUGGAGGCACGACGCCAAAUGGAAGGCAUUGGUUUUCCCGCAAGCAACAAAAUCGGUCCUCGGCCUCGUUGGCCCAGCUCAUCGGCUCGUCCGCCAGCCUCACGUCGCCUGCUCUUGGAUUGGGAGAGCAGGUGAGUCGACGGAUGAAGGAACAAAAGGAACAAGACCGAAAGUCUGGCAUGAACAUGAAAGCUACGAGCACCAGUGCGCUGGCCGCGUUCAACCGUGUCACUGGACAUCAAAAGCGACUCGAAGAGAAGAUCCAAAUCACCGUGCACAUUGCCGAGACCAUAGCGCGGCAGCGGUACUUGAUGCGGCUGUGUAGUGCACUGAUGCUGUACGGCGCGCCUACCCAUCGAUUGGAGGAGUACAUGCGGAUGAGUGCGCGCGUGCUGGAAAUUGAUGCGCAAUUCCUGUACAUCCCCGGCAGCAUGAUCAUGUCAUUCGACGACAGCUCCACCCACACGACGGAGGUGAAGCUGGUGCGGGUCGCGCAAGGCCUGGACCUCGGCCGGCUGCGGGACGUGCAUGAAGUGUACAAAGACGUCGUGCACGAUCGUAUGGGUGUCGAGGAAGCGACGGCACGCAUCAAGGAAAUCACCUCACGCAACCCACGAUACAGCCGGUGGAUCCGAAUUCCGGUGUACGGUCUGGCGGCUGUGUGUGUCGGACCGUUCGCCUUUGAGGCGAGGCUCAUUGACCUUCCCAUUGCUUUCCUGCUUGGCUGCAUCCUCGGGAUCUUGCAGCUGAUUGUCGCGCCUGCUUCGGACCUGUACGCCAACGUCUUUGAAAUCGUCGCCGCGGUCAUCACCUCAUUCCUGGCUCGCGCUUUUGGCAGCAUCUACUGGCAUGGUGAUCAUCGACUCUUCUGCUUCUCUGCCCUGGCGCAAUCAUCCAUCGCCCUCAUCCUUCCCGGUUACAUCGUCCUCUGCGCCUCGCUAGAACUCCAAAGCAAGCAGAUUGUUGCCGGCAGCAUCCGCAUGGUCUACGCCAUCAUCUACUCGCUUUUCUUGGGCUACGGCAUCACGAUCGGCACCGCCAUCUACGGCCUCAUGGACGACAAGGCCUCGUCCGAAACAACAUGCCCCAACCCGCUACCCAGCAAAUGGAACUUCCUCUUCGUCCCCGGCUUCGCGCUCUGCCUCGUCGUCAUCAACCAAGGCAAGAUCAAGCAGGCGCCGGUGAUGCUCAUCAUCGCCCUCGUCGGCUACGUCACCUCCUUCUUCUCCUCGCGCCGCUUCGUCGGCAACACGCAGAUCAGCAGCACGCUCGGCGCGCUCGUCAUCGGCGUGCUCGCCAACUCAUGGUCGCGCAUCGGCGGCAGGGUGGAGAACUGGUGCCUCGACCGCUGGGAAGACGAUGUGCGCCCUCACUGGCGCCGUCUGCGGAAACGCAUCUUCACCCACGACGCCAAGCGGCGCAACGACAAGAAGCUCGAAGAAGGCAAAGCGCGCAGCGACAGCGACGCCAGUUCGCAGUUUGAACGGCAGAAGCGCAAAGUCGGGUACGGGCUGGCGGCGGCGGCCAUGCUGCCUGCCAUCUUCGUCGCGGUGCCUAGCGGUCUCUCGGUCAACGGGUCGCUGGUGGCGGGCAUUGCGUCCGCCAACCAGAUCACGGGCUCAGGGAAUAACGGGUCUACUGUUGCGACGUCGGGGAGCGAUUCGACGACGAAUAGCAUUGCGUUUACGGUGAGUUACUCGGUGGUGCAGGUUGCGAUUGGCAUUACGGUGGGCUUGUUUUUGAGCGCGAUUGUCGUCUAUCCGUUUGGGAAGCGACGGUCGGGCUUGUUUAGUUUGUGA